AUGUCUAGCAAACCCAACCUUACGCUGGCGAAUGUGCUCGCCAUGCCCGUCGCUCAAGCAGAACGCGAACAGGAAAAGCCAGCAACGGUACUUGCCAAAAAUCGCUGCUCCAUGCUUUUCACGACUACUGAUCCCGCCGUUGGCUCGUCUAGUGGUCAGCACGAGCCUUCUACGAAGCUCCCUAUGUGCAUCGGCGAUGUCAUUCGCAGCAACCUUGACGUCGAGGAUCUACUGAACGUCCGCCUCGUCAACAAGGACAUGAAGGCUUGGAUUGAGGGUGACGACUUUGAGUUUACGGCCAAAGCCUUCAACACCUUGCACAUGAACCGUCGCCUCUGGAACAGCGUCGAAGAGCAGCUAGCCAUCAGUGCGCUCCAAAAUGUCGCUUGCUUCUGCAACCACUUUUACAUUCAUUUAGACAACAUGCUUGAUCCGAUGCUCCCGAUGGUCCACGAGGGAGUCUCCGUCUUCGACCCCAAGAAGAAAUCCAUCUGGAUGCAAGUCUUCGCUGCUCUCGGAUCCAUUCUCACGCUCUCAAUCUCCGCGCCUGGCCAGCCUGACUGGCAUAAGUUUGGCUCAGGAGAGUCGAUCCUUGAAUCCAUCCGCGUCGCUCUGGAGAAUAACCUGCCUGCCGGACUGCAUGAUGUCACGCUGUCUCCGAUCAACGCUACCGGUCUGCUGCACUUCCGCUGGCGUGGGGCUGCUUUCAAGGAAACCACCUGGCUAGCUGAGGCAUUCUGGCGUAGUCUCACGACCCUCACCCUUGACCUUUACAAUCCUCUACCCGAUUACAACAGGUGCAACCAGAAGGACUUCAUCAAGACUCUACACGACUACCUCGACAGCUUCUCUCGCUCUCUGAAGGUCAUCCGCUUCUCUUGGAUCGGACCUGCGGGACCCAACCCUCUGCUGCUCGAUAUCCGCUACGGCGGCCACAACUUCAGCUCUCCGGCGAUCGUGUGGACCGCGCUUGUCGAGGCUCACCUCAAGAACGUCUUUGCCCAUGAUGGAGACCUGGUAGCUCUGAGAAAGGAUCGCUGUCCUCGUCUCGAGAACUUCAAGCUGACGGAUGAAGAGACGGUGAACAAUCAUGAGACGGUCGUCUGGGAGGAGGACAAGGAGAGCGAUGGCGGACUGGAGCACGUGAACUCCAAUGAGAUCAGCCCUCUCCCCUUUCCCUUUUCUUUGAAAUAG